GGUCUGACUAAACAUAAACAGUAGCCAAUCGCACAUCGAAAGCGACACCCCGAGCCACCGAGCCACCGAGCCACCUGUCGAGGGGAACCAAUCAGUUCGCUCGACGCUCAGCCAACCAACCAACGUCCUCCAGCCCAGCCUAAUCCUAAUUACAUCACAGUCUCUCCAUGCCGAGCGGAGCUGGCGGCAGCGGUAACGGUGGCGGCGGCGGCACUAGUGGUGGGAACGCAGCUGGAUCCUCGAGCCCAACGACGACGGUGACGAAGCCGUUCGUCCAGUCCGGACAGCCGCUACAUGAGUUUUUGCACUCGUUCUGGCAAAGACAGGUCGAUGUGGCGGAGCAGGAGACGCCGGAUUAUAGGCAUCCGCCGUUGCCGCUUGCGAGGAUUAAGAAGGUGAUGAAGAACGAUCCGGAUGUUAAGAUGAUUGCGGCGGACGCCCCUAUCCUAUUCUGUAAAGCAUGCGAAAUCUUCAUCGCCGAAAUAACAGCCCGCGCAUUCAUAAUCGCAGACUCCAACAAACGACGCACCCUCUCCCGCUCCGACAUCGCCAAAGCACUCAAUAAAUCAGACCAGUUCGAUUUCUUGAUCGAUAUCGUGCCGAGGGAGGAGCCGUUUGGAGGUGGUGCUGCGGGUUCAUCGGGGGGAAAGGCGGGAGGUGGGGGUGGGGGAGGAGGGCAUGGGGGUGGACAUGGAGGGGGAGGGGGGCAUGGGAAGAAGGGGAAGGAGGGGGCGAGGGAGGGUGAACAUGGGGAGGGAGAGGGUAUGGAGAUGGAUCAGCAGCAGCAACAGCAACAACAACAACAGCAACAGCAACAGCAACAGCAGCACCAGCAGGGCGGCGAAGGAGGGAUGUCGUCUUCUAACGUUCUGGAUCAGCUCCAAUCGCUGCUCAGUAACUCACCGGCGAAUAUGGAACGUCCGUCCGUCUCUGGGUGACCUUGAAGACGACGAGGGCCGGAACGCAUAUAUCAUGUUGGGCUGUUUUCUUGCUCUUUCUCUUCUCUUCGUCUUUGUCGUCGAUGCUCUGUUUAUUAUUUUUUCUUAUCGUCGCAUUCUUCUGUGCUAUUCGUCCGUUUACUUGUUCGUGUGUGUUUGAUUGUCGUGUGUCAAUCCGUUCGUGUGUGUAGACUCCCAAACGUACAUAACCUCUUCGCAUCUCUUUCUCCAUCUCUCCAUUUCUCCUCCUUCCCUGCUUUCUCGAAGAUUUCUUGACUUAUCUCACUCGACUCGAUCCCAUUCUUGAUGUCUAUUGCAUUCUUGCUAUCAACGCUAUACCCCUCCACCACCUUCCCCCUCUGAAAUCCUCAGCCACACGCCACUGUGGCGUCUAUAAGCGCUCGUCGUCGAACAUUGAUGG